AUGAAUAAGCAUCCAGUUAAUGUAAAACAAACUAAACCUCACAAAGAAAGUGUACAUGUGGAUUUGAUAGAAAAUGGAAUGAAUAAGCGUCCCUGUUCAGAUUCAACUUUAUCCAGGAUGAAGAAAAGGCUGAAAUGUAAAAGUGAAAGCGACAUUACUUUUGAUAUAAAUACAAUGAAUUCUCAUUCUCAGGUAGAAAAUGAAGAUAUUCCACAGAAAGGUUGGAAAAGAAAGAGAGAAAAAAGUUAUCCAUUUUCAUGUUCCCUUUGUAAAGCAACUUUCUGUACAGUGAAUUCUUUACUGCAACAUAAAAAUGAAUGUGAAAGUAAUCAGAUGAAAAAGGAAGACCAGAAAUCAGAAAUUAUAACCAAAAAUAACAGACAUUUAAUAACACAGUUUAAUUUGAGUAAAAAUGUACAUUUUGAUAUUAUAAAAACUGGUGUUGGUGUUGUUAGGUGUAUAUUAUGUGGGAAUGAUAAUGAUUGUUUUGAAGAUUUUUCUUAUCAUGCUAAAUCUAAGCACUUUCCUUAUCAGUGUCUUGUCUGCCCUGCGUUCUUUUCAAAUAUGGUUGAUUUGUGUCAACAUUCUAUUGCCUGUGUAUAUAUAAAGGGUCAAGGGUAUCGCUGUUCAGUCUGUCAGAAAAUAAUUCAUUCAAGCAAGCUCCUGCGUGUGCAUUGUGAAGAUUAUCAUACAGUGUAUAUAUGUUUUCUAUGUAAUUCAGAGUUUGAUGACCAAAAAACCCUAGAUUUACACAGGCAGACAUGCUCUUAA